AGAGGUAGCUAUGACAAAAGCUUAUCACCCAAAGAGACGGGUAAAAUAUAUGCACACAUCCAGAUAUCUUGGCGACCUCAGGCGUUAACUCCUCCCGUGGCUGUUAGGCUGCUUCGUGUGGAUAAAAGCUUUUACAGAGGCAAAAAGUGUGCAAGUAAACUUCUGUGGCCGUAGGCUCACUUCGAGCCCGAGAAACACAGGAAGUGCACCGGUUGCCAAGACAACCGCAAGCGUCUUUUUCUUCACAGACGUGGACAAGCUCGAAUAAUAUAUUAUCAGUGCCUAACUCAACUGAAAUGUAACUUUUAAUUUAAUUAUAGAAAAAUGUCACUCGAUGACUCGAUGCGUGGAAUAUCUACGAGAUCGCGUGUGCGCCUGUUUUAAUCUUGACAACCUCAGCUAUUUUGAGGACUUGUUGGGUCGUGGGAAUGGCGACGACGCGCAAAAAAUAAACCGUUUUUUGAACGAGAUCACUGAAGAUGAGGAGGUUUCUACGCUUCUGUUUUUCAAGUGUUUUAGGGAAGAAGAGGUUGAAUAUGAAGUACCUGUUGGAGCAGCCGGAGCUGGACAGGUUGUUUGAGAAGUAUGUCCCCAAGUGCAUCGACACGAUCGUGGAUGGAGUUGUGGAUGGCAAGCAGGAAAAGCUCAAGACCAUCGUUCCCCAGACUGACUUAAACAUGGUGCUGGACGGGCUGGAUGAGGAAACAAUGAGGGAACAACUGGGCAUAUUAUCUGCAGAUGUAUACAGAUGGUGCAUAAGAUCACUCACUCAACUCGGCAGGACGCCUCACCCCCAAAUGCUCCUGACGAGCUUGUUGGCGCCUUGCAUGGCAGCCAAUCGCCGUUGGUGUGUGAGUGAAUUGCUGGAGAACAACAGGCCUGGCCACAAUGCCCAUGGAGGAAAGGACUCUCUUUGACCCCCUGCGAGAAAUCAGCGUGUUCGAGCAAUGGGUAGGAAUUGCCGAAAUCGAGGAUUUUAUGCGGCUCGUUCCCGAGGAAGCUUUGGACGAGAGCAGAACGUGUGCCGACACUGACGCUGUGGUGAAGGACGGCGAUGACGAUGAUGAAGAGUGAUUAUUCAGUGAUUCAUGUAUGUUUCAUGGUCAGGCACACCUGACCAUGUCGACCACAGGUGCCUGAGACAUGCGAAAGCCAGAAGUUAAAUAAAACAAUGUCUCCUGC